AUGGACCGAAUGAUCCUCAUAGCGGCUCUUUGCGGGCUGCUAGUUCACGUUUCUAUAGCAAAGGAUUUGGUAGGAGGACCAAUCAAACCACCCUCUUAUGAUGGUAAGACGUCUUCAAAUUAUAAAUAAUUUUAUUUACUCAUUUAUCUUAUUUAUUUAUUUGUCUAUUAUUUUCUUAUCAUACUUACUCAUUACUUAAUGUUUUGCUCAGUAAAUUUUUACGCACUUCUCUUAUCCUCUCUCGAGUCAAGAAAUAUGGUGAGCUGUUGCAGGCAACCCAGAACUAUAAAUUCGGGUUACUUCGAGUUUUCUGCAUGGAGAAUAUCUUAAGAUGAUGUUACACGAGAGGAUUAGCAACGACUAUUUUUAGCGCAACACAGCGUUGCAACAUUGUUGCGACAUUGUUUCGAAUAGGUACAACAUUGCUCCAACUUUGCAACGCUAGCUAGCUGUGUUACGCUAAAAAGAUCUAAAAAUCGUCGUUGCGAAUCGUCCAGUGUAACAUCACCAUUACAGAAUUUCACGCUGCAGUUACACUAUUUUAUAAUACAAAGGAAAAGUCCUUUGUUAAUGUUGUUCCUGAUUUGAUUUUUAAAGAAUAGAAAGGAAAUCAUCAGAAAUUAUACAAACAUGAAAAGAUGGUGAUAUUAACCAUCGAUCGCUAUGGUUACGAGGUACGACGUCAUAUACGUCAUUUCAAGCCCUUUUACUCAAAUACGCAUCAUACGGACGCUUUCUUAUUAAUUCCAACGCUAAAAAAUGUAUUAGGGUGGCAUUUGAUUGUUUUCUUUUCGGAAUUUUGACUUAAAGUGUUCCUUUUCUCUUAGUUUUUUUUUGUUUUCAAUUCUCAUUUUCUCCGAAAAAGAAAACUGACAAUUUUCCACGAAAAUUCCAGUAAAAUGCUGGAAUAUAUAAUAAUGCUUUUUUGACUUACUAAAGCGUUAGGAAAAAUAUGCGAGCAUAAUAUGUGCGAAAGCCUCUCCACUACCCAUCACUGUCGAGCACAAUACUAAUUUGUUAUUGCACACUUCAGAAACUCUAGGGAGAAUGGGAACAAGGUUUGGAAGCAGGGAUUUCUGGGAUCGUUUGGGUGGACAAGCCUUAACUAUGAUUGGUCGAUGGUAUUGAAGGCAACCAUACAAACAAAACUUUUAUUCACACAGUUUAAACCGAAAUACAGUUGCCCUGCAAAUUAGCAAAGAAAUGCUAUUCGAGGUGAUGCAUGCAGAAGCUGAUCUGUAGAGUUACUUUAACCAAUCAUAAGUAAUAACGCUUGUCUACCCAAACCAGUCUCAGAAAUCUUUGCCCCUAAAGCUUGUACUCAUUCCCCUUAUAGUUUCUGGAAUUGAAGCGAGUAGCUACAUGUCAGAGCUAGUACGCACAAGCAUACCUGAAAAAAUAUCGAAGAAAAAGCACAACAUCGUAUGCAAAUUAGCUUUGACAGCUGUCGAAUAGUAUCCCUCCUCCCCCCUUCAGUAGCUUUCAGUUGUUAUCACUCAAUAUCGUAUGAGGGUUGCAACAGUUACCUGCCGCAGAAUAUGGUCCUGCGAGCGAUGGCACCCGCACACCAUACCGAGGAAAAACGCAAAUGUAUUUAAAGCACCCGCAUAUGGAAACAAAUUGGGAGACUGGGUGGAUUGGGCUUGGAAAACGUUGCGUACCUCUAGAAAUAUCCUAGCCACGGUCCCUGAUUACAUAUGUUUAUAUCUAUAUAACUUGAACAAUGAUGGAAGUGUCACAACGCUUGUACUCCCGAGGUUUAAACAGUUACAGUACUGAUCUCACUGAUGUUUUCAACUUCAAUUUCAGUGAUAAAGACAAUCCCUCCAAAAAAUGAAACAGCAAACAAUAUAGCCAAGCAUUUCCUUGGCAGAACGAGUGGAAUUCGUGGACCUCCAAGCUCCCAGGAUACGUAUGUGUACAACGUGGUCUACAUCAUAGACGACUCUGGUUCAAUAGGCAACAAAAGUUUCCAACAAGGAAUCACAGCUUUACGAAUGAUGAUCGACAGAAAAGGAGAUAGAUCUGAUUAUGCCGCUAUCAAGUUUUCUACCACUGCUAGCGUUCUAUUCCCGUUCGUCUUAGGAUGCCAAGCCAGGCAGAAGCUGUUGAACGUGCCUUACACCGGCGGCGCAAGCAACACUCAAGCUGCCUUGCGAUUGGCUAGAACAGAGCUGUUCGAAAAUCCCAAUUCGGGUCUCACUCCAGGGGGCGGACGCUCAGCAUUAGUGAUGACGGAUGGUCAAUCGAACAUCAACAAGACUCAAACAAUACCCCAAGCAGAUUUACUGAAGGCCGCGGGAGUCGAGGUGUUUGUUCUAGCCGUAGGAAAAUAUACUUGCGCCGCCAUUCAAGAGAUGAGGGGGAUCUGCAGUUCCCCUUACCAGGAUCACUUGUUCCGCGUCGAUGAUUUUAAGUCUUUCAUGGAUGUUGUUAAACUCAUUCCCAAGAGUAAUAACUUGUUACCGUGUAAGGAAACAUGA